UAAAAUGUUUUUUAUAGCAAUCCAAACGGGGGACAGUCCCUCUCAUCGAUCAAAACCUCAAAAAACCCCUACUUUGUCUUCUCUCUCUUUCUUCAUAUCUCCUGCCUGCUGGGCUUACAUGGCUACUCUUAGCAGCAGCAAUAGCAGCAACAGCAUCAUUAACGGCGAGAGAAGUAGCGUAGGCGAGGAGCAGUGGAAAGCAGAAGAAGCUAUUGGUGGGAACGCGCAGGCUCUCCAAGCCUUGAGAGAACUCAUCGUUUUCCCUCUACUCUACUCUCGUGAAGCCCGAAAGCUUGGCCUUAAAUGGCCUCGUGGUUUGCUCUUAUAUGGUCCACCAGGCACCGGGAAGACAAGCUUGGUGCGUGCAGUUGUUCAGGAAUCCGGUGCACAUUUAAUAUUUCUCAGUCCACAUUCUGUUCACAGAGCACAUGCUGGAGAAAGUGAGAGAAUUUUGCGGGAAGCUUUUUCGGAGGCAUCAUCCCAUGCAAAUUCGGGCAAACCAUCUGUUAUUUUUAUUGAUGAAAUAGAUGCACUCUGCCCUCGUCGUGAUUCGAGACGAGAGCACGAUGUUCGUCUAGCAUCUCAACUCUUUACUCUAAUGGACUCCAAUAAACCCUCGCCAACUUCUGUACCACGAGUUGUUGUGGUUGCAUCAACUAACAGAGUGGAUGCAAUUGACCCAGCCUUAAGAAGGGCAGGACGUUUUGAUGCUGAAGUUGAAGUUACCACACCUAAUGAAGAAGAGAGAUUUCAAAUCCUCAAAGUUUACACAAAGAAGGUUCCUUUGGAUCCCAGUGUUGACUUGCAAGCAGUAGCUGCGUCUUGCAACGGAUAUGUUGGGGCUGAUUUGGAAGCUUUAUGUCGUGAAGCAACCAUGUUUGCAGUUAAAAGGUCUACUAAUAUAGGUGAAAAUCCAGGUGCACUUAGGUUAACAUCAGAAGACUGGAAGCAUGCUAAGUCUGUUGUUGGCCCAAGCAUAACAAGAGGUGUUACUGUGGAAAUUCCGAAGGUGUCUUGGGAAGAUAUUGGAGGACUCAAAGAUUUGAAGAAAAAGCUGCAGCAAGCUGUUGAGUGGCCUAUCAAACAUUCAGCUGCAUUUGCGAGGCUUGGGAUAUCACCAAUUCGUGGAAUUCUUCUACAUGGACCACCGGGAUGCUCAAAAACAACUCUUGCUAAAGCUGCUGCUCAUGCCGCCCAAGCUUCUUUUUUCUCUUUAAGUGGUGCAGAGCUAUAUUCAAUGUAUGUUGGAGAGGGUGAAGCUUUGCUGCGGAAUACAUUUCGUAGAGCAUGUCUGGCAGCACCAAGCAUAAUAUUCUUUGACGAAGCUGAUGUUGUUGCAGCCAAACGGGGCAGCAGUUCAAGGAACAGUAUUGCCGUUGGAGAGAGGCUUCUAUCCACUUUACUGACUGAAAUGGAUGGUUUAGAACAAGCAAAAGGGAUUCUUGUUUUAGCUGCUACCAACCGUCCUCAUGCAAUUGAUGCUGCACUCAUGCGCCCUGGACGAUUUGAUCUGGUGCUCUAUGUACCGCCACCUGAUUUAGAAGCUCGGUAUGAGAUCCUCCGCGUACAUACACGAAACAUGAAAAUCGGGGAUGAUGUUGAUUUGAGAAGGAUAGCAGAAGAUACCAAGCUCUUCACAGGAGCCGAAUUGGAGGGCUUGUGCCGGGAAGCUGGAAUAGUAGCUCUGAGGGAAAACAUAUCUGCAACCAUCGUCAGCAAUCGACAUUUCCAAACAGUGAAGGAGUCACUAAAACCAGCAUUAACAAGAGAAGAAAUUGAAUCAUAUUCAUCAUUUAUGAAGGACCAAGCUUCAAUGUCCCCUGCCUCUGCCACCGAGUUCAAACCUAGUACCCAACAUGCCAUAAGGCAAAAAACUAGUAACUCAUGGGGUCAAGGUAUAGCAUUUCCAAUUAAAAUUGGUGUUCUGAGUGUAAUGUUGCUUGUUGCUGGUAGGUAUAUAUUCAUGCAUACUGGACAAACUCCAUGUGAAUUAGUGGUCACAUAAAACAUUAAUCGUAUGCUGACAUGUCUUAUGUAACUCAUUUGCAUUGUUCUUUAUAACAAUUGUUCGUAACAAUUAGUGUUAUCUGUAAAGUUACAAAGCCAAAGGCUUAGAAUAAUAUUGUUGAAACCCAGUUUGCUUGAAUCAUAAUUAUUCUUAGUAUUAUUUUUAACAGAUUGCAAUAUUUAAAGUAAUGAAUCUCUAAUUAUGCAUGUUGAUAUUGCUUUUAUGUCAUCUAACCC